AUGAGGUUGGCAAUCGUUCUGGUGCUGGUACUAACUAUAGCAAUAUACUAUGUUGAAUGCAAGAAGACUGCAAAGCGAAAAGCAAAAAACGACCAAAGUGUAACAACACAUCGUCCAAAGACAACCAAAGAUUAUGAAACGAACGGGGAACCAGAAGAGACGACAAAGAAACGAAGAAAGAAGAAUGGAAAAAGUCCAAAGGAUGGAAAAGGUCCAAAAGAUGGAAAAAGUCCAAAGGGUGGGAAAGGUGGAAAGGGUGGAAAGUCGACAAAGACCCAAAGUUGUCAUGUUAUGAUGGAUGAAUAUGAAUGCAAAAAACAAAAUUAUCCAUGUAAAGUAAACCCUUGCCUCAAUGGAGGGACUUGCGAACAAGUGAAAUAUAAAAGCAAGGGUAUGAAGGGUAUCGCCAAAUGUAUUUGCCCUGAAGGAUACUAUGGCGCAACAUGCAAUAAGAUAAAGUGUUCCGCUAACUGUGCCAAAAUGGGUGUGAUAUGCCCUGGACUUGUAAUAACUGCCUUUUUGGAUACAGGGAACAAGAGGGAAUGUGCAAGCCAGUAUGUGCAGUUAAAAAUUGUAAAAAGCUUUACAUUAUCCGAUGACAAAAAACACUGUAUAAGAGAUUGUCCUGAAGGAACUGGCAUGGAGGGGACCAAUCUUUAUCAACAUAGCGACAAUUGUUACAAAGUGUAUGAGCAGAACGCUACAUACGCAGAAGCACAGGGAAUAUGCGAGGCGUUGGGUGCAGGGUACCACCUUACAUCAGUACAUGACUGUGACGAGCAUCAGUUCUUGGAUUCUGUCUUAGCAAUCAGAGGCAUUCCGAACUGGUGGAUAGGUCUUGCUAGGUCGGAUGGUGAAGCUGGGUUUACAAUGUGGGAAGAUGGUAGUAAUGUAACUUACACUUACUGGGUAUUCGAAGGUCCAGGUGAUAAGAACUGUGUGGCAAUUGAUCACUAUAAGGGUUACAGGUUUAAAACAGAAGACUGCGACGAUGUCUAUUCUUUUGUCUGCAAACAGGGCCCACCAAUAAAUCCAGUGGAUACUGAGAUUUUGAACUAUUUUAUUUAUAAAAGUGCAAAAUAA